AUGCCUUUAGGUGAGGCCAUCGGUAACCUCCUCAAGAAGAAGCGGACCAAAGAGGGCAACCAGGACUCUUCAACGCACAGCAACCCCGCGAGCCCUGUGACACCCACCACAGCCAAGAGCCUCGAGCACCCUACCCUGCCGCUUGCGCCUUCGCAACCGGUGGCUGCGUCAUCACAACCUGCUUCCACUGCCACCGCACACCCAGGGCCGGCCGAAGCGUCGGCCGAACCGCCAGUCACCAUGAACACCAACAACCCACACACACAGGGUUUCUCUGCUCCCCAGCAUACACCUUCACCAGGGACCGAGAACCAUCAAAACAUCCCACGCAUCUCGAAUCUCAUAAACUACCCACAACAGCAUGAUGGACCGGCUGGUGGGUACCAACAGCAUAUGGGAGCUCCCGCUCCUCAGUACACCACACAUCCACCCAGCACAGGAAUGCCCGGGCAGCAGCAGUUGCCAUUGCCACAGCAACCUCAACCUCAACAACAACAACAACAACAAUAUCCGCAGCAACAGCAGCAGCAUGGUAUGCUUCACCAACAACAGCCACACCAGCCACUGCCCCAGCAGCAACCACAACAGCAAGUACAACAAGUGCAACAAAACACGGCAGAACAACCACGCGUCACCAAGGGAAAGUAUUCUUUGAACGACUUUGAUUUUAGGCGGACCCUGGGAACUGGCAGUUUCGGCCGAGUCCACCUGGUGCAGUCACGCCACAACCAACGGUUUUAUGCCGUCAAGGUGCUGAAGAAGCAGCAAGUGGUCAAGAUGAAGCAAAUUGAGCACACCAAUGACGAAAGAAAAAUGCUGGCCGAGGUCAAGCACCCGUUCUUGAUCACUCUUUGGGGUACUUUUCAAGAUUCAAAGAAUCUGUACAUGGUGAUGGACUUUGUGGAAGGAGGAGAGUUAUUUUCUCUGCUGAGAAAAUCAGGGCGUUUCCCAAACCCCGUGGCCAAGUUUUAUGCGGCCGAAGUGACGCUGGCACUCGAGUACCUGCACGCUCGCAACAUUAUCUACCGGGAUUUGAAGCCCGAAAACCUUUUGCUGGACCGCCAUGGGCACAUCAAGAUUACAGACUUUGGAUUUGCCAAGCGCGUGCCGGACAAGACGUGGACGUUGUGCGGGACGCCCGACUACCUUGCUCCCGAGGUUGUCAGCAACAAGGGGUACAACAAGUCUGUUGACUGGUGGUCGCUGGGGAUCUUGAUUUACGAGAUGCUCUGCGGGUAUACUCCAUUUUGGGACAGCGGCUCUCCCAUGAAGAUAUACGAAAACAUCCUCAAGGGCAGGAUCAAGUACCCGGCCUACCUGAACCCGGACGCGCAGGACCUCUUGGAACGGCUGAUCACGCCGGACCUUAGCAAGCGGCUGGGCAACUUGUACCAGGGGUCGCAGGACGUGAAGAACCACAUUUGGUUUCAAGAGGUGACGUGGGACAGGCUGGCCAGGAAGGACAUUGACGCGCCGUACUCGCCUCCGGUGAAGCCGGGGGCGGGGGAUGCGAGCCAGUUUGAUCGGUAUGCGGAGGAGCAGGAGAAGUAUGGGCAGACGGGGCCUGAUCCACAUGGGUCUUUGUUCCCGGAUUUCUAGAUGUGUUCUAGAUUUUUUUGGGGAAUGGUUUAAAUGGUGGAAGUGGGAUUUUUGUAUACUUGGUACACAAUAGCGCGCGCGCAUACACACACACACAGGGGACACAAAAGAGGUGCAGGCGGCUGUAUGAGAUGGACAUACAUACGCAGAGUAGGGCGAAACGGAAGAUCUACUGGUUUCUCUUUUUUUUCUCUUUUGGUCGACCGGAGCGAUUUGGGCUUUGUGGAUUUGGGUUGCAUUUGAGAUGGAUUAGGGUGAGAGGGGGGUGGAGGGGGUUGGUUUUACUAUGGGAAGAGGCGGGGGUGGGCGGCUGUGUGUGAAAAAGGUAAUAAUUGAGAAUGGGAUGGAUGGUUUGUAAGAAUGAGGGUAGGGUUAUAAGUGUAUUGCAGUUUAGGGGGUAGGGAGUGAAGGAUGGUUAUGCAAACAAAAAAAAAGGGUUUCCUGGAUAGUGUUAGGGAUGUUGUAGUGGGGGGAGGGAGAUCACGGCCUGUUUUGAAAGGCUGAGGGUUGAAUCGAGGGGUUGAAUCAAAUUAUUUGAAGUGUGUUAUGUGAAGUCGGAAGUGAGAGUGAGAGUGAGAUUGGAGUGCGAGGGUGAGAUGGUGAUGCCAGCCUCUGACAAUUGUAAAUCGAGAGGGUUUGUAUGGUUGAAGAAGGAAUAUGACCCCUGUUAAGUCAUGAAAGCGGGAGCUAAACGGUUUGGGGUUGAUUAUGGGGGCUGGAGGACAGGGGUGCGGGGGUUGGGGAAGCUUCUUUUUACUUCAAAAGUGAAGAUGUUCACACCUUGAGAGAAAACAAAAACCCAGCGAAAAGAGAAGGAGGUGUGCCCCCC